CGUCUGCUUGGGGCUUGGGCGGUCACUGAGAGAUGGCAGCCAACCAAGUGGGACAAACGAAGGGGUGAAGGCUUCCACGCCGUCAUAUUUUGUCACUACAUUAAGCUACAUAAGUAUAAACAGAGUUUCUUUUGAUAUCUUGAAUCUGUGAAUCGAGAAAAUUUACUACGGAUUGCUGUCGCGAGUGAUUCUCAGGAAUUUCGCUUUGCGGAAGAAAAUUCACCAUCAACUGGUGGUACAUGAAGCGGCCUAGGCAUUAUAUGAACAUGAGAGUUUUUGCUGGAGUUUUUUGUUGUUAGUGGCAAAAUAUUGGAGUCAGAGGAAUUGAAUGGGAAAUACCUGCAAUCAUGUCUAAGGAAAAGCCUACGCUCAAGAAAGUCGCCAUCCAGAAAGAGGGAUAUCUUACUAUAUUUUAUGAGUUUCAUCAGAAUCAUGAUUUGAAGGAAAUAAUCCAGGAAAUUUGCCUCAGCUGGAAUAUCACAAACCCAGAGCAGUAUGCAUUGCAGUAUACAGAUACACAGACCUACAUAACUCAAGAAACAAGAUUUGACAUACAGGAUGGUGCUAUUUUAACUUUGAACUUGUCACCAGACAAGUUGGUAGAGAAAGUGAUGAAAUCAUUAAACUCUCCUGAUGCAGAAGAAAGAAGAUCGACUCUUAAAACACUUGCAGGCUCAACUGAUAGUCAGGGUCACUCAGAGAUCGCAGGCCAAGCUGAGGACCCUACAUUUGCAAACGUUUUCAUAAGAAGAAAUGGAACAGAUUUCUUGGUGAAAAUUGUCGAGACAGAAACGCAAGACAUGGAAAUGUUAAGCUACUGCUUGGCUGCUUUCCAAGAGUUAAUGGAGCAUGGUCUUGUUCCAUGGGACGGACUUGCUUCCAAUAAAUUCAUAAAGAAGGUUACUGGGUACGUAAACAGAAUUACAGGCUCAGAUCCGAGACUGACGCAAAGAUCUUUGUCUCUUUUAGAAAACAUGGUCACAAAUGGCACCGAAAUGCACUCCACUAUUUCACAAGAAAUAACGAUAGAAAAUCUGAUACAACAUCUACAAAGCAACAAUCAGAAUAUUCAGUUAGCAGCCAUAUCUUUAUGCAACAGUUUGUUUAUGAAGACGCAUAGCGAAAGUAGAAUGAGAGCAACAAAUGAUCUGUUAAAAGCAAGAUUACUUCGCGAGGUUCUUAUGAACAGAGUGCUCCAGAGCAGUGACAUCAAAAGCGAAAUGGCUCACCAGCUAUAUGUGUAUCAAGCCUUAGUUUUAAAUCUCCACUCUCAAAGGAUGGUGACUACUGCUGACCCCAACGAUCAGCAACAGAAAGAUUCCUUGGCCAUCCUUUAUAAUGCUGCAUUCGAUUCGGCUGGAAACAACAAGACUCACACAAUGGGUAGCAAAGGUCACGAUUACAAGCGUUUAGGCUUUGAGAAUGUUGCAAACCCUUUAGAAGAAUUCAAUGAAUGUCCGCCAGGAAUCCUUCCUUUCGAUUUGAUGCUUUACUUCGCCAAAAAGCAUCAGGAUGUUUACAUUAGGGUUAUUUUGGAAACUUUCGGGCGCGAGGAAGAAUAUGGCUGCCCGUUUGCCAGAUGCACAAAAACAUUAACCAAGAUGCUUUGCGAAUUGUUAGAAAUCGGCAAAACACCUUCCGACACAAAUGAAAACUAUUACCCGAUGUUAUUUUCAACUGACUCGAUGCUGGAAGAGACGUACAGUGUUUGUAUACAGCUGGUAAACAAAACUUGGAAGGAAAUGCGGGCAACCUCGAGGGACUUCUCGCGGGUUAUGAGUGUUGUGAAGGAGCAGAUUGUGCGAGUUCUAAAUGAAAAACCAGAAACAAUUGAAAUUUUUAAGAAUAAAGUAUUUGGCCUUAGUUAUCAGCAAGUGUUGAAGCUUAUGCAGCAAGAGUUCCAAGAGAGAAAUAUUCUAGACUCACAGUCUAGGCCUGUAGUUGAACUGAGGGAAAAAGUAUUGCCAGAUAUCAAAAGUUUAGUACGUCAGCAACGGCUGGCUCAGCUGGUCGAAGGACAGCUUUUUCACAGAGUGUUAAGUCGAGGAAAGCAAAAAGAAAAGUUCUGGUAUUGUCGGCUUUCGCCGAAUUCAAGAUUUCUGCACUACGGGGAUGCCGAAGAACAGGCAGCUCCUCCCUUGGAAGCAUUGCCAAAUAAAUUACCAAUAUCAGAAGUCACGGACAUCGUAUUUGGAAAAGACUCCCCGAUUGUUAAAGAAACCAAAUUUAGAAAGGGCCAUUUGCAACUGGCGUUUUCGUUGUUACACGGGCAAGAGGAACAUCUGGAUUUCAUUGCACCGAACGCCCAGGUGUGUUCUGUCUGGUCUGAUGGCCUGAGGUCUUUGCUCAAUAAAGAGAUGACGUCUGAAAAAGCGAAGGAGGACUUUGAAACAUUAUUAAACAUGGAAAUGAAACUGCUGUUGCUGGACGUGGAGGACGUUCCCAUUCCAGAGACACCCCCGACAUUGCCAGAUGAACCAAGCGAUCUAAAUUUCUUUUAUAAAAAUGAUUAGCUUUCAAUUAUAAUGUCUCGAAUAGGUGAAUCUAUUACACUGCUUUGCAGGGGUGGAAGUAAUGCUUUCCUGUCUGGGACCUAAUUGGCGGGGACACGGCGAACUCAGAUUUGAGUUCUUCGAGCCUCCUCGUAGCAUCUAACCAGAAAGAAUAUAUCUCUCAUUAGAAUGUAAAAACCGUGCUCUGCACUGCGAGCCUCGAUGCGGUUACGAGGCGAUGAAGGGUGCAUAAUUCUGAUGAUUAUCAUAGCGAAUCAACAUGCAAAAAUUAUGAUUCAGGAAUUUGAUGACUAAUACAAAGAUACCAAUUUUAACCGCACAGUAUGUCCUUUUUUAAAAUUUCUGGGAGAUUAAAGUUUUUGUUUUGGCCAAUGGUCCCAUUGUCCAGUACUUUUUCCAGCCCUGCCACAGUGUGUGUAAUAAAUGCAGCAUGGAAACAGACUAAGGUGACACUGUCUGUUGCCUUUGGCGUGGUAGAUAUAUAAAUGUACUAAUUCCUUUUCAAAAGGCAAAUUUAUACCUUUGUAUAGCACCUGGUAAAAAUUGAACGACCAGUACCUUUUCAUAGUACUAUGAAACGGCUAAAAUGCAACAGAAGGUAAAAAAAGGUUUCCAGGGAAGAUCGGUCCCAGAUCGUUUUUCUAUUGCUCAUUAUUUUUUUCGUUUAGAUAAAAACCUCAUUCCAUCCAAGAUUUUUCGAAUUUGAGGAAAUAUUUUUCUUUAACCCUAGAUAUAAUAAAAGCAGAAUGAGAUUUUAAAGAAAAAUCACAGCAAAAACGAGCUAGAUGUUGCAGUAAUUGCACUGUUUAAUGGUAACUCACUUGGUCGUUUUCAGACAUUAAAUUUGCAAGAAUCAAUGUUCUUGUAAAGAGGCAGCUACCGUCUCUUUUUUUCAACGAAAUUUUGAGUCAGAGGCUUGAAUUGACAACAAUUAAAAGACUGCUGGAAAUGAUGUGAUCCCCUUUGGAGAAUAAUCGCCCCUUAAAAUGCGCUUAGAAAGAUUUUGAGACCCCUCCCGGGCUUCGUUUCUCCCUUGUAUAUUUUUCUGGCGCUGUUUGCUGGAUUUUUCAAAAUCCCGGCUUCUGUAUAGAUUAGAAAAAUAGCAGGAAAGUAUUGAAGACUUAUUUGAAAUACUUUGUGCCCGAUGCCUUUACAUUAGUUGCGCAGCAAACGAAUAAAAACGUAUAUUUUGCUUAACUUGACGUCAUUUCUUUAGCUAUGAUUCAAUCUUGUUUUUUUGUAAUUCUGAAUUAUUCCAAAUGUGGCUGAAGAAGCAAAUGGUUUUUUUGUAAAUUUUUCUCUAAGCAUGUCUGUUUUCUUUAUGUAUAGAGGUAUUGUAAAAUUGCGAUUUCCGCGUCUGUUUGCUAGCGAUGCGAGAAAUAGAUAAUGGGAAAUUCAAGAAAGUCGUAAAAGUAUGCAGUAUUUAGCGGUUUUAAUUAGCAAAUUCUUUUAACUUUGUACUCGAGCAUUGCAAUUAAAUUGGAAUAUAGUUUAAAUAUGCGUACAA